CCGGGUGGAUGGAUCCUUAAUAGUUCGUCGUUCAAAUUGUCAGCAAAUCAAAAUUCAAAACUCCAAUUUUGUGUCCAAUGCUUUGAGAACAUUACGCACCGCUUUUCCAACAACUGUUGUGUGUGUUUAGUGUUCCCGCCAAAUCGUCCUUCAGUCGUGGGAAACUAUACGGACAUGUAAUAAUGCAAUUAAAUAGUGAAUCGCAAUCGAACAACAUACGGCAAAGUGCAUCCGUUAAAUGGCUAAUUUAUGCACCACGUGAAUGCACACAACACAUGCACACAUGCACACGUUGCAUUUCGAUGCCAGCAAUCAAUGUUCGAUCAUACAAUCGAAAUACAAAGUGCUAUGGGCCUGAGUCUUGUGAAGAAACCCUUUUGGGUUUUUUUGGUCAAUAUCAUAUAUAAUUUAUAAUAGCGAAUUAAAUUCGUUUCGUAUUUCCAUUGGUGGAAACGCUUCCUGCUUCCGGUAGUGAAACGCUUGAAACGCUUCACGCACGCAAACACUCACACACAUACGCACAGCUUCAUUGCGUCGUUGUUGGUAAACAAAUCAUUCGUUUGGUGGUGUCCUGAUCCGUGCAUACCACAGCUGUGAAGCUAAUUUUAAUCAGAAAAAAGAGGAUGGGGACAGAUUCAAAGGCAACACCAGAUGCGCAUUGCCCUGCAGCCACUGCAUCGUUGGUGAGCGAAACCGAUAUCAUCGAGCACAUAGUUAACAAUCAGCGGGUAUUUUAUAAAAAUCAGCAAAUAAACGAUCCCGAGCUAACCCUGUACGAGAAGCAAACGAUUCUUCGCGAUGUGCUUAACGAAAGCCAUGGCACGUUUCUAUAUCGUUUCGGAUUUUUUAUACAUGACGAGCAUCUGCGAUACUUCGAGCAGGCAGAACAAACGCAAGCCUACAGUCCGGAUGAAAAAUACGAGAUCCAGUAUCAUUUGGAGCGUAUCCGUAAACUACGCAAUGGAGGUCGUGCGAUCGAAGUACGCAAUCGUCGAUAUGCGGCACUGCAACAGAUGUGUGACGAUGGGACGUAUUUCACCGAGACGGAGAUGAUGGCACGUGAUCCGCUGCUGUACGAACAGCUCGUGGGUCAGUUCAUGACAGAACGCGAGAAGCAGGAACGGGAUGCGCGUGUCCCAACGCCACAGAGUGUGGUUGGCAUCUUGCUGAAACAAAUCGAUAAAGAUCGGACUGAGAAAACACUGCAGGAGCAGAAAUCAGAAGAAAGACAACUACAGCCGGAUGGGGAUGAUUCACGGGACCAGCUGGACCGAUCGCGCCCAAACUCACCGCCGGGCUGUUCCAGUUCUCAGUGGGGUAAUUUCGACGACGAUGAAAAAGUGCGUGUAGCCGAGCUACGUCAGGCACGUCAAAAGCGUGCCCGGCAGAAAAGGAUGCCAACGCACUUGAUGACGGCAGGCGAACGGGAACUGCUGCGGGACGAGUUCAUUGGUAUUAUGCACGCACGGUUUAUAGCGGGUGAGGACGAAGAGUUCGACUACACGCAGGUGGACGAUUCGGAGAAGUACGAUGAUCUAGUUGAGAUAAAUCAGGAUGCCGAAGAAAAGUAUUUUGAUAAAGAGGACGAACAGGACUCGAAUGACCGCAACGAGGAUGCUUUGAACAUGAGCGUAGAUCAGGCAGAGGAAAGUGAAGAUGAAUUGGAUAUCUAUAUGCGUCACUUGAACCGGCAUUUGGAACAGCAACAAAAAAUGUCAGCCACCAACAUACCGGUAGUGAAUCGUGAUCCAAACUGCGAGUACGAAAGCGACGAGUAAUCAUUAAGCUUUUUUU